AGAUCUUUCCCAAAACGGACGCAGUUCGAUCGGCAAUCCACCCAAAAUCGCAGUUCGAAAAUUGAAAGAGCGGCGAUUCUGGCGAAAGGACAGAUUCAGCUUCCUGAUCGUCUUCCGAAAUGGGUUUCCUCGAAGAUUUCCGAGCUAGUGUUGAAUCCGUACCAGCUAUGCUUCAACGCAAUUAUGCUCUAAUGCGAGAUCUAGACAAAAGCUUAUUAGGAGUUCGUCAGCAAAAUGAGCAGCGCUGUGAGCAAGAAAUAAAUGAUAUUAAACGGAGAAUAGAAUCUGGUAACAUUCAACCUGAUGCAUCAUUAUUCAAAUUUUCAGAUGAGGCCCUUGACGAGCAGAAGCAUUGCAUUAGAAUUGCUGAUGAAAAGGUGGCUUUGGCCACUCAAGCAUAUGAUAUGGUGGAUGCUCACAUCCAACAACUUGAUCAAUAUUUGAGAAAGAUUGAAGAAAUUCGGCGAGAACGAGAACUUGCAGCAGCAGCUGCUGCUGCAGGUGCCUCAAAUGCUGAGGGUAACACAAGAUCUGGAAGGGGUGAAGGUGGCCGAGGGGGUCGUAAAAAGUAUUCCAUAUCAUGGUUAGCAGCUGAACAACCAGCGAUUGAGUUGGAGCUGCCUGUGGAUCCGAACGAGCCCAGAUACUGUGUCUGCCACCAAGUUAGCUACGGCAACAUGGUUGCUUGUGACAACCCCAGUUGCCAGAUAGAAUGGUUUCAUUUUGAGUGUGUUGGGCUCAAAGAGCAUCCCAAGGGCAAAUGGUACUGUCCCAACUGUGUUGGACUGCAAAAGCGCCGCAAAGGCAAGUGAACGGUUAGUUUUGCCACUUCAAAACAUCUCGAGGUCAUGGAUGGGUUAACUUAUAUAGAAAUCAAUUGGCUUUUCGUAACCUCCACCUUUUGUACAGGGCCCAACUAGCCAUUUCAAAGACAACUUUAUGGUUUAUGUUUCAAUUUGUGAAUUUACUAUCUUUUAGUUAGAAGAUAACUUUAAACUUUUGAUUUGGACCCAUUUUUUUGUUUUCUUUACAAUCUUUGUAAGUUAUAGGAUAUAGUUUGGAAGAAGAGUAUGUCGUCAGUUGUGACCCAGCUCUUUAUGUUGUCUUUGAGAGCAAUAAAACAACUUCAACUUAA